AUGCCCCCGGCAACGUCUGACGAUCCGAAUCGCCAGUACAGCCAGUCUUGGGAAGACGAGCCCACUUUCAAUACGGAUCAGAGUCGCCCAGUUCAGGAGCAUGAGCCAAGUGGAAAGAGCAAAAAGAAGAAUAAAAAAAAGGCUAAGGCAGCGGCUAAGGCUCUGACGGAAACCCCACCGGACCACCUGCUCCAAGCUUCUCCGGUAGCCCCCGUCGAGCCCUCGUCAUGCCCUGACCCCACGCUAAAUAAUGAUGUUAACCCCGUCGUCGCUUCACCCGUGCUGGAUGCCCUCGACACAAUCGAUGGGGCCGCCGAGACCGACGUCGUUACUCGUACAGACACCUGGGCCCAGUCUGUACCAUAUGGAAAGAGCCCACCCAUUGAUCUCAUGGAUGGUGAAAUGCCCCAUGAGUCGCCCAUCAACUUCCCUGCCAUCCAAGCGAGAGGUGGCUUCAGUCAACCUUCCUCGGCAUCGCCACCCACCCGUAUCCGACCCUUCAGUUACGGCAGUGGUUAUCGAAGCAGUAUGCAAUCUCGACAGCCAUCCGUAGACCGGAGGAAGAGUCAGUCAUUUGGCAGUCCGCUGAGCAAUCUCGUACCUCCUCCCCAUCUUCCCCAAGCGCACUUUUACGGUGCUCCCGAUAUCGACCUUGGCGCCCAGCCCCGGCCUUCAAGCGAUGCAGCCUACUCAUUUUGUGGUUUUGACACUCUUCCCAGCUUCUCGGCGAAAUCACCUCGGGCGGGGAUCACCGUGUUGGUGGUAGGCUCUGAUGGUGCCGUGGAGAUCCUCGCUGUUGAAGACCGCCGGACGCGUCUAGUUGGCCAGAUCACUGGUCUCGGUGGCAGGGUUCUCGAAGCAAAGAUCUUGUCUGGACAGUCAUACAAUGACUCACUUGCAGCAUCUCAACCCCACAUUGCAGUCACGAUCCACGGCCCGAUUCCCCCAAGUGACGAGGAGGCGCCCGCUUCCUCUGCAGGCUCCGAUGUUCAUGAAGCUCCCCCUUCGAUGGCGCGAGGCCGUUCGGGUGAUAGAAGAUCUGAGCCUUCGCUGUAUCAAACCAGAGUUCAGGUAUAUUCCCUGCGGUCUGGAACACACAUUGCCAUGUUGUUCGCUAGCAAAGCUAUGCCGGCGUUGGAGAAUAUUCCCGGCCAGCCUUCUUUUGCUCCUUUGCCUAUUGGAAGCCUGAGGCUUUUCACGAGUGGAAAUCAUCUGGUGGUUGCUUCUGGCAUUAGCGGGGAGGUUUAUGUCUUCCGAUACACCUCACCAGAUAUCUAUCAGUGUUUGGGGAAGACCUGGACUAACGUUCAAACCGGAGAAAUCCGACGAUAUUCCACCUCGUCGAGUUCUACCGAUCCUGAUGGUUCUCACAGCGACGCUCCCCGCACAUUUCCUACCGAGCGACCUAUAUUGGCCUUGCAAGGAAGAUGGUUGACUAUCGUGCCCCCUUCAACUUCUUACCGGGGAUCGAUCCAGGGCGUUGUACCCCCGGGUUUGAUGCAUGACAAAGCCCAAGGAUUGGAAACUCGCAGUCCUCCUAGUGUGCCAUCUGUCAACUGUGCAACUGACGUGGGAGAGGGAGAGAGCUUCCUUAAUAAGAUGGCUCGAGGUGUUACCCAGGAACUGGUGAAAGGUGCCCGCUGGAUGGGUGACCAGGGACUCCAGGCCUGGAAUAACUACUGGAAUAGCCCACAGGCCCCCGGCACGCCACCUCCCUCUCGACCAAAUCGGCUUCCUGAGAAUAUGGCUCAAGGUUAUGGGGUAUUCCCUCCGACUCAUGCUCAGGACACCCAGGCAACGUCUUCGCCCGAGCCAGAUACGGUUUCCAUCAUUGACCUCAAGCGCUUUGAUGACGGCGUGGAUACAAAAUCCGCAUCACUUUAUCCUUUGGCUACCUUCCAGGUUCCCAACGGCUGCAGUUUUCUCUCGCUAUCCCCUAAUGGCCUCAUGCUCUUCACGGGUAGCAAGAAAGGGGAUGUUCAAUAUGUUUGGGAUCUUAUGCAGCUCAAACAUUGUCGAGCGAUGGCUUUCAUCGCUGAUGAUCACUCUUCUCACAGCCCGAAUGUGCGACAGGUGGCGAGAUACGCAAGAUUAACCACGUCUAGCAUUAUGGAUGUGAUAUGGACACCACCCGUUGGGGAUCGGUUGGCAGUCAUCACAAGAAAGGGCACAGUCCAUGUCUUUGACCUACCUCAGAGCGCAUUUCAAUGGCCGCCAUUCCGACGAGCUCGCUCCGCAGGGAAACGAUCGUCGUCCGUUGAACCUGCAAGCGACGAUGUCUCUUUCCAACCGAACACUGGCAAUCCGUUGUCUGCGGCGAUGAAGCUUGUUGGAGGCCGGACUCAGCCGUUCUUCUCUGCUGUCAGGGACCGUGUUCCUUCAUCUGGCGCGGGGUUCUCGGGUAUGAGUGGAUUUGCAUUGCCAACUGCAGCUAGCAUCAAAGGUGGGAAGGUUGUGGCCGCUGGGUUGAGCAAGUCCAUGGGUGCGGCUGCCACGGGUACUGUCCACACUCUCCGACAUGUCGGUGAAAACCGGCUGCAUCUGACUGGUCUUGCGCGGGACCCGGCAUCCUCUCGAGUCAUGUGGGUUUUAAAUAAGGGUUCUGUUCUCCUGGGAGUGGUCGACGAUGGGAAUUUCAAGCUAUACCGACUCAAGAAAGGUCCCACAAACCAGAAGAACCGCCAGUUUCACUCUGUGAUAGGUGGCAAAGAAAGUCAGUUCAAGCUACCUGCCAACUUGCAGAACACCUGUGGCCCAGCAGCUCUUGUGGCGUAUGAUCCAGGGGUGGUUGUCCAUGCCUCUCUUCUCCUACCAUCGGUCAGCUCGCAACCAACCAGUGCUGCCAAACCGUUCUGCCAACCUCUUUCUCAGGCUGAGAUUGAGACCAACACCCCAUACCAACCUUUCCACACAGAUCAGCGUGUCAGUCUUCAUGUCUUUUCUACGGAGACUGGAGCGUCUGUUCCCAGCGGUCAGUGGGUGUUUGGAAAUGACAUGCCUACCACGAAAGUGCACGUCAGAUCCUACAGCAACAGCGGUGAUAGCAAUGGGGAUGAUGACGAUGAGAAUGCCGCCGUUCAUGGACAUUCUCUGGGGGCUGGUGGGGAUAUGGAGAACCUCAUUACCCUUGGAAACAGCACUGGCAACGUGGAAGAAGUGGUCAUCACGACCCGACGCAAGAAGAAACACUCUACUCCUCUGAAGGCGGAUGAUGGGUUCUUUGAAGAUGACUGCGAAGUCCUAGACUUCGCGAGGGAUCGGGUUUGA